AUGCAUGGUAAAACGACUCGACCUAAUAAACAUAAGAUAAUAACAACUCGGUCCUGGAAUGAAACUUCCGUCAAUGACUUUGUGGUUAGCUUGCAACAAGCUCCAUGGAGUGUGACCGAGACUUUUGAUGAGAUCGACGAUAUGUCUUCUGCUUGGGACUUAUUGAUGAAAUCAUUGAUUGAACAACACUUUCCUUUAAGACGGAAACGCAUACGAAAGCAAACGCAUCCAUGGCUGAAUGGUGAAGUACUUCGAUUGAUGAGAGCUCGCAACCAAGCUCAUAAAAAAGCAGUAAAAUCAGGACUGAUUUGUGACUGGAACGAAUACAAACAUCUUAGGAACAGAGUGACGAGCGUAAAUAGGAAGGCUAGGAGGAACUAUUUCUCUAAUAAGCUUAAUGAAAAUCGUAGUAAUCCCCGUGCUUUUUGGAAUAUACUUCGUAGCGUUCUACCGUCUAAAAGUAAUCGAAGCUUAAUAAACAAGCUAGUGGUAAAUGAGAAAGAACUGACAAACAAGAAAGAUAUAGCGAAUUCAUUAAAUGAAUAUUUUACGACUAUUGCAUCAACGCUUCUGGGAAAUCGACCAUCAUUGGAUACCGAACUAUAUCCAAUUAAACAACCAAUAAACAAUCCCACAAGUACUUUUAAAUUUCAAUCCUUGUGCGAAGCAGAUGUGUCCUAUGCCCUGCAAACGAUGGAUUCAUUUAAAGCUACCGGUGCAGAUAAUAUUCCUGCUAAAGUUCUAAAGAUUGCCGCACCUUACAUUAGUAAAGUUGUGACGAACAUAUUCAACGCAUCAUAUAUGAGCGGUAAAUUUCCCUCGAUAUGGAAAGUAGCGAAG